AUGCCUGACCCAGAUGAGCUACUAGCUAUUCAGGGUGUUCAAGAUACAUUGGUUUGCACAAUGAGUCCUUUGUUUUUUGCAGCAAUUAGUAGUGGGCCCAGGUCUUUGAACACACCAUUGACUGUGGUAGCUGCAGGAAUGUCCAAAUGGCUUGAGAUUUAUAGUGCUGUGUUGAUGGUUAGGGUGUUGCUUAGUUGGUUUCCGAAUAUUCCAUGGGAUCGUCAACCGUUGUCAGCGAUUCGGGACUUGUGUGAUCCUUAUUUGAAUCUUUUUAGAAAUAUAAUUCCUCCGCUUUUCAAUACUUUGGAUGUUAGUCCACUUUUGGCAUUUGCGGUUUUGGGGUCGCUUGCUGGGAUUCUUGGUGCCGCAACCACACCUUAUUGA